AUGAUUAUAUUGGUGACGAACUGGAUGGUGAUGCAGCCGCCGCCGGUGAUGUGCACGUUGGCCCCACGGCCGUCGAUGGUCUUGAAGCUGUUCAUGAUCAGCUCCUGCUUCAGGGUGAUCUUCAUGCUGCUGGAGAAGACGAUCCACAGAGGCUCCUCUUGGAUGACGGCGUGGCGGAGAGUACCCGGCUUGGGAUCGGCCGGGUUGCCAUCGGAGGAAUCAGUCACCACGUAG